CCUACUUGGUGGCAUGGCGUCCGGAGGUGGCUCCCUGGGUCUCAUAGCCUGCCUCUUGUUGUUUCAGUCGGAGCUCUGGGAGGCCUGGGCAGCUACCACUGCAUUCUCUACUUCCGAUUUCUCCUCAGGGCACAGUGAGACCCCAAGGGUGGACCCAUUGCCACCCACGCAGGUGCAAGUGACCAAGAUGGCCCAUCAGGACCAAACCUCUCCUUUCCAGCCGUUUUCCUUCGGCUGUGGCCAACCCCUGAUGAAAAUCAUGGGAGGCGUGGACGCUGAGGAGGGAAAGUGGCCCUGGCAGGUGAGCCUGCGGGUCAGACACACGCAUAUCUGUGGAGGCUCCCUCAUCAGUGCCCAGUGGGUGCUGACUGCCGCCCACUGCAUUUACAGCCGAAUCUCGUACAAUGUCAAGAUGGGCGAUCGGAGUGUCUACCACAAAAACACAAGUCUGGUGAUUCCCAUCCAGAAAAUCGUUGUGCACCCCCAGUUCUCGUCAGCCAUUGUUGUUAAAAACGACAUAGCCCUUCUCAAGCUUCAGCACCCCGUGAAUUUCACCUCUCAGAUUCGUCCUGUCUGCAUCCCUCCAGAGGGUUUUUUUUUGAAAACUGGGACCAAGUGCUGGGUGACAGGAUGGGGCAAAAAAGACCCAGCAUUGAACGUUCCAGCAGAAAUUCUCCAGGAGCUGGACCAAAAUAUCAUCCAUUAUACCAAGUGCAAUGAGAAGUUGAAGAUGGUUACAUCGACGUCUAAUGACCUGGUCGGGAGAGGGAUGAUCUGUGCCUAUAAAGAUCAAGGGAAGGAUUCUUGCCAGGGAGAUUCUGGAGGCCCUUUGGUCUGUGAGUUUAAUGAUAAAUGGGUGCAGGUGGGCAUUGUGAGCUGGGGCAUUGGCUGUGGCCGCCGAGGACAUCCUGCAGUUUAUGCCGACGUUGCCUUCUACAGCAAGUGGCUAACCAACGUGGUGAACCAGGCCACUUGCUUCUAUCCACGGGUCUUCCUCAUCGUACCACUGUAUUCGCUGACCCUGUGACACCCUGUGGACGAGCCGACCACUGUGUCUCAUCCUACCUUCUUUCUGAGCCUCUCCCUUUCCUUCCCGUUCCUUCCCAAUGUCCUUUCUUCAAAUUCCGUUUGGGAUCCCUUUCCCUAGAGAGUCACGGUGAAAUGUGUCAGGGAUCUGAGAGACUUCAAAGUGCUCUGGCCUGGUGCUCCAGCGGCCGUCCUUGGCCACACUGCUCCUGAGCGGUGCCCUGCCCGGCAGGAAUGAAGGUGGAUCCAUUCCAGUUAGAGGACAAACUGGCCUGCCAGGAAAGCGACAGUGACCGACGAGAGGACUUCAUCCGUGGUGCAACAAGAGCUAGACCCGACUCUGGCUUAAGGGCUCUCACCUCCGACUCCAUCAUCCUCGAGUUAGCUUGGUGAUCACUGAGAGAGAGAGAGAGAGGACCUUCAGUGUCCUAACUAUAACCGUUCUCUCCCUCUAUCUAUGAUUCUGUGAAGUUACAUUUCUCAUUGAAUGUAA